AUGCUCUACAGUAUUCCCGUGGUCUCCUUCCUGGUCUGCGGCGCGCUCGCUGCGGUAGUCCCCAAGCUGGACCAUGCUUCGAGCCUGCCAUGGUCCCCAGAUCAAUCUUGCAUCAUUCCACCCAUUACUGAUGAGCAAGUCGAAGCUCAACUGGCCGCUCAUGCGACGGAUAUCACGGAUACCGCAGAUACCACAAACGGUCAGGAUACAACCCAGUAUGGCGGUGCUUCACUUUUCAACUAUAUCAAUUGGGGCGGUCCACAGAAAUGGACCGACAUCGUUUCCCCAGGUAGAUCAUUGAUUGCUUACUGCUUCUAUUCUGAGAAGGACCGUGCCAGGCUACUUGAGCGCGUCGAAGCAGCUGUAGCCCUCUGGAAAGCUGCUCUAGGCGGAGAGCGUGGUAGAGACAACGGGCAUGAUCUUCAAUUCAACGAAUGGUAUGACUACAAGGCGUCCAAGCAUCACUUGUGCUAUGAUCCGAACCCCGAAAACAAACAAGAGUGGAACCCUUCGUUGCCGACUACAACGUUGGUGAUCAGUCUGUCAGAGAAGAUGACCAACGGAGCUUACGCGACUAUGGGGGCUGGCAGCGCGGCUGAUAGAGGCAAACCCUGGAAACUCCGCUUGUCAAUCGGCCCAGAGACGGCUGCCCUGGUCGUCGCGCACGAGAUCGGUCAUGUGCUCGGCAUGGGUCACGAACACCAGCGAACAGACCGCGACAAACACGUUGAGUUCGAUUGCAAAAAGUUGAAAGGCUACUCGGACGCGCUCGCUCGGGCCCGAAAGGCUCUCCCGCAAUUCAAGGACCACCAGCUAUGUCUGUUCGCAGACUACUCCAAGAAGUUUCAAUUCCCCGCUGUCCACUAUACCAUGUCCGUGGCUUAUGGUAGCCCUGCCCAGUACUGGUGGAUGAAAGCUGAUACCGAGUACGACGUGGACUCUAUUAUGUCGUAUAGCAGCUUCCAGCAUGCCAACGAAAAGUGCGCCGAGGGAGACCACCCGGAAGAAUGCCCAUUGAGGAGGUGGAAGGUGCCUGGAGAUAAAUCGCAAGGAAUAGCGUACAUCGAAGAUGCUGAAAAGCCCAGUCCAGGCGACGUCCGCUGGGUCCGCACCAAUUACCCAUACCAAGGACCCCAUAUCGACUCAGUCGAGAAUGCGGGCAUACAAGAUGAGAAUGAGGAAGCCUCAGAUGAAGACUUUGACCAAAUUCCAUACAUUGAGCGAAGUAAGGUGACUGGCGAAGAUCCCAAGUUUCUAAGGAAGUUGGAUCGUCAACGGGCGAAGCUGGCAGAGGAAGAGAAGGCUGCCAGAGAUGUUGCCAGUGCUGCUAUUUGA